AAACACACUGAAAAAAAAAAAAAAAAGAAUUACAAAAAUAGCCAAAAUCUUCAAAUUUCCAUAGAAAGAAAUGUGCUGCAAUUCCCAUGGCUUAAUCCCUAGAAGCAACCUUAGCUUCCUCUAUUUCCCUACAAACCCACCCAAUAUUUCCCCAAAACCCCUUAUAUUUUCCCCCAAUCACCCUUCGAAUCAUCAAGUUUUGAGAAGUAAAGUUAAAUUCUGUUCCUUCAAACCCAAAUCAAACCUAAACGACGUUGUUUCAUAUACCGACCCGAAUAAUAAUAAUAAUACCACCUUUUACGACCUUUUAGGUAUACCGGAAACUGGUUCAUUAUUAGAAAUAAAACAAGCGUACAAGCAAUUAGCGAGAAAGUACCACCCAGAUGUAUCACCACCGGAUCGGGUCGAAGAAUAUACCCGGAGGUUUAUUCGGGUGCAAGAAGCUUAUGAAACUUUAUCGGAUCCAAGAAUGAGAGCUAUGUAUGAUAGAGAUAUGGCUAAAGGAAUUCACUUUGCUUUUUCUGCACGUAAACGUUAUCAAAAUGAUGAGUCUAUGGAGGAGAAAGGUGAGUGGAAAAAUCGUUGGCAGUCUCAGCUAUCGGAGCUCAAGAGAAGAAGCAUGCACAAGGACUCUGGUAACGGUAUGUCUUGGGGAGCACGGAUGCGCAGGCAAAGGGACGAAGCAUCAUCUUAAUCGAUAAUAAUUAAUACGUUUUUUAUAUUAUUUUGUAUAUAUGGGAUUCUUCCCCCUCCUCUUUUAUUCUGCUUUUCUUUUAGUAGUUCUCCGCUAGUGCUAACCAUAUAUGAAUCCUAUAGGCAGUGCAUAUUGUACACAGAGUAAUGUUAAGUAAGAAUCUCAUUUCCAGUAAUAUACUCGUGCUUCUGGCACCAGUUACUUUCAGGAAAAAACGGUGUUUUUUAAAUCAUAUUAAGCAGGUUUGGCGGCUUU